CCAACAACCUAUUUGACAAAUCAUCCAGAUCUCCUGCCAAACAACGUAACAGAGAACCUGUGAAGGUUGCAAAGAGAAGCCGUCCAACAGCAAAGGCUGAAGUAAAAUUAUCUCCAAGGCAAAAGAGGAGCAGACCAGAAAAGUCUACAUCCUGUAUGGAAUUGGGCUCUGAAGAUCAGUCCCAGUCUCCUCUGUUAGAUCGAUCAUUUGUCUUUGAUAGUAUUCUGACUAGUCCAUCAACAGUGGGUAGGGGACAUAUGGGUCAAAGAAGUCCCAGGGAUUUGAGGAAGUUGGAAAGCAAAGGGUCACCUGUGCCUUCUUCCAAACAGAUUGGAAGAUCACCUCUGAAAGGUGUGAGGGAUCUUUCUGGUAAACUGGUGCAGAUUCAAGCAUCUGAUAACAGAACAAUCCAAGAUGGGGACUUGGGAGAAUUCAAGACUGAACAUAGAAAAAAAGCUAACCGUUUGAAGACUGACAAAAAGGAAAACCUAUCUGACAAGAGCAAAGAGGACAAAGAAAUGAAGCAUAAAAAGGCAAAACAACAGCGGUCCAAAGAUGAUAAGGGGACAAAAAAUACCACAUCCCAAGGAGAUCGAAAGAAAGAGCCAAGGGCGCGGAAAAAGAAAGACAAGAACCUAGAUGGAAGGAGCGAAAAAAGUAAAAAGAACAGAGGGCCUGAAGAAAAACCUGUGAAGAAGGGUCGAAAGCCUUCUGCAUUAAAAUUUCAUCCUGUCACUAUGCCAUUCGUGAGGCUGAGGGAAGCUACAUGGCCAAAGUUGAAAGCAUGCAAAGAACUCAAUCCCAAUCUCAUCUUGAGAAAGCUUUGCUUAGAUGAGGGAAGCUGGAGGGAAGUUGUCAGGAAUGCCCUCUACAGAGACCUCAAUCGACUGGCAAAGAGUAAAAGAAGUCUGGGAGAUGAGGAAAACACAGAUGCUAAAAGAGUCAAGAAUGGUAUUAGCACCCCUUGGGGGAAAGGCCCAGCAUCGUCAUCACCCAGAAAGGAACAGCUGAAAGCCAUAAUGGUUGCAAAACAAGGCAAGGAUAUCUACAAAAGAUUAAAAGGAGCAACUCCAAGGAGAAGAGCAAAGUCCAAGAUACAAGACAUCUAUGGGGGUGGUCCUGACAACAAAGUUUGGAACUUUGUUCCUCCGAUCACUCCUCCAGACGACGAGAUCACAAAGAACCCCAUUCCAGAGAUCUCAGAAAUGAGCAAGGAUGAUUCUCGAGAUGUGAUGUGGCGGUUGGCAUGCUAUUCUCCACAGCGUCCAGAGAAGAUUAGUUCUCCGCCGAGAUGCUGGUCUCCACUGAGCAGGAUAUCUGAUACCGAAGAGGAAUACGAGGAGGAUGAUGAGUACAUAGACAAGGAAAAUGGAGUAGCGCCCCUGCCGGUUGAAAAUGUUGGGAAGGAGGAAGGGACAGUUGCUGUCCACACCUCUGAUAACGAAAUGGAUAUUAUUGAGAGAAACCUUGGGCAGAUUUCAGACUUUAGCGUCUAUGAAAAGAUGCUAGGCGGCACAACUGCAGGAAGGUCCCUUCAACAAGAGACAAAAUCAACCAAUGAUGAUUUUGCCCUGGAGCAUUUCCAGGAAGAUGUCUCUGGAAUCUUUAAUCACCUCCAUGGAAAUUUAGAGAAGGACGCCAUCUCUGAUGAAUUUGCCAAACUUGAUAAUUCUGUUCCCAACAGCCAUGUCAAUAGGAUGGAAAGGGGGAAGCAGAUACCAUCUCAACUUGGUCAAGUUUCUAAUCAACAUAGACGAACAAGCAAGGUUAAUGGUAGUCACUGUACUACUGAAGCCCAGGUUCACCAUCAUGCAACGAGUAGCCAAAGUCAGCAACUGGCACGAGAUAGUGCAAGCAAAUCUAGAGGACAUUCUGUACCACAGAGUAGUCCACUUCUACCUCAAAAUAAUAUCCCAAUGCAGGCUGCUUCUCAAUCCAAUUCUGAGGGAAGUGUGAGUAACAGUUCAUCUCAGAUUCCUCCGGGCCAGAAGCCUCCUCCAUAUUAUUCUGACAUAACCAACUCUGGAUCAUCAUCGCCAUAUACAGCUCAUUCUCCACGCAGCAUUGAGAGAAGCGCAAGCAACUCCAGCUCCAUUCAAUUCGCUGUCCAUAGCCAGGGUAAGACCUUGCAGACACCAGGAUCACAAGAACCAACAACCAUUCCAGAGACAGACUCUGAACAUAGUAGUGGCAGCCCUCCUCAGCAUCAGUACAACUCCAGUCAACCUACACAACUUACCACUCAAGGAAAUCACUCCAAAGAACCAGUUAUCCAUCCAGGAAACAGUACCAACAACCAAUCGGUGUACUACCACGGUGCUUCGCAUACAAGCCAAAGCAUGUACGACAUGUCCAGCCAUUCUCUUAAUCAGUCAACGGCCUAUACCAAUGAUAGGGUGUCAAACCAGAGUCAGGGCUUCAGCCAACCGCAUCUUCCGCCCUACCCGUCUCCAGGUAACAAUCAGGGAUACCCACCUCCGUACCCGUCCACCCAGUCCUCCUACCCCAACCCUCCAUCCCAAUCCCCUAACCACCAGCACCAGUCGCCCAGCUCUGGAUCGCAGACCCACGCUGCUUACAGAGUGCCCUAUCAACCGGGUCCCCAGCAGCACCCGUACCAAGACAGCAACGGAUCCACGGUCCCGGCAGCCAAGCCCAAGAUCUGGCGGCCUGUGGCUAUGCCUCCGACAGACACCAUGGUUAGGAGCAGCCUCCAGGAGUAUGGAUUGCCAGAGGUUCACCACCAAGGUGCAUACUGGGGAAAUCCUCAGGAUCAUGCUGGGAGACAGAGGGAGGGCCUUGGCCAAGCACAUGUUCAGACCAUGCUUCCCUCAUCACUGCAGCCUGCUGAAACCCCCUGUGGAACAAUGGGACUGAACCAUUGGCAGACAGUUGUCCAAUCACAGGGAGAGGCAUCAUCUUCCCAGGGCUAUCCCACUUCUCAUCAGGGGUAUAACAGAGAUGCUGUGUGGAUGCCUUCAAAGUAUCCCCCACCUCGAGGAUCAGUGGCUGGAUGGCUGAAUACCAAACAGCCAGGAGAGCAGAGACAUGGCUUUAGGCAUGACAAUCCGGCUGCUCCUCCAGGGUACAAGCAGAAUCAUGAACAUGGGCAACAAGCUGUGACACUGCCACCCACCUCACCAGGACAGAACACGCCUUUCUUGCCACAACAACACAAUGGCAACCUGCCCAGCCAUCAGAACAACCACUACACAACAUCCCAAGGACAGCAGGCAAACAUGGAGAGUGAUGGUCGCAACAAUGCACCACAGCUACCACUUAGUGGCCAGCAAAAUGUGAUUCCGCCACAAGGCACUUCGCCCUUGCAACCUGGUGCUUACCCGUUACAGUCGUCGACCCAGCAACAAACUGCAACUCCUAGGCAGCAGCCUCUACAAGCAACUCAACCGACGCCUGCUGCUGGAGGGAGUAAACAUCCAACAUCAUCCCUGCGUGCAUCAGCCACACCUUGUGGAAGCAGCAAUGGCAUUCCUGCUCAGGGACAACCUGCAGCAAGGGAUUGCCCCAAUGACCCCUCUACAGCUACCGACUCCAACAACCCAGCCACAACUCCUGGUGGCAAGCAGAAAACCAGACCCCUUAAAGGUUCCAGUAUGAUUACUCCCGUGGCUGGGAUUCCUAGAGGGGCGCAGAGUUGUACCCCUCCUCUGUCAAGCACCCCACUACGCCCAUUGUCAAGGACUGCUAUGAUGUCACAGGAACAACCUGGAGUGACUCCCAUUGCCAUGCAGAAGCCUACACCCCUCAUGGACCUUACCAAGAUGAAGCACCCUUCCCUUCCAUGCACUCCUGCACAGGUAACUCCAGACGCUGCACUGAGGAAGAAACGCUCGUUGACCUCUCAGAUUGAGGGACCGACCCCAAAGAAUACCUAUGGCUUCAAGGUCAGCCAGGGAAAUGUUCAAGAUGCAAAAGCUCUUCAUGUGGUUCAGCACCUGACCACCAUGAGUCUUGAAGUCCAUGCCCGUACAAGACGGGACUACCAUCCCGACCCUGAAUUUGACCCCAUACGAGCCAUAUUCUACUGCAUCCAUACAGAUGGCCCUGACAACAAAGCCCCACCCGGUAACCAUCACCGUCACAAUGUCGAUGACCCCAAAGCUUCGGCAGAUGCGAGCAAAGACGUCAGUGAUGAGGGUCACAGCAGGGUCGGGGUGAUUAUGGUUGACCUCUCAAAGAAGGGGUCAAAGGGCGAUGGAGGGAACGUGACUGACUUGAAUGUGGUGACCCAGCGUGAUUGGAUGGCCAGGUCAGGGGUCAUGGGGAUAGAGGUCACGUAUGUGGAAGAAGAGAAGGAGAUGUUUGAGGAGUUUGUCAAACUUGUUAGGAGACAUGAUCCAGACAUGUUGGCAGGGUUUGAGAUUCAGCAGCUUUCGUGGGGUUACCUCUUCCAGAGAGCAGCGUUCCUUGAGGUACAGCUCUGUCAACUAAUCUCAAGAUUACCAGAUGAUAAGCGUGAGAGUCACUUUUCUGCAGACAAAGAUGCAUACGGCGCCGACCACAUGUCAGAGAUCACAGUGGCUGGAAGGGUUGUCCUUAAUCUAUGGAGGAUCAUUAGGCACGAGGUGACUCUUAACAUCUACACCUUUGAGAAUGUUGCAUACCAUGUCCUUCACCAGCGGCUCCCUCUCUUCACGUUCCGCUCCUUGACCGACUGGUUUGACCACAUUACCGCGUUCUACAGGUGGAGGACAAUUGAGUACUAUGCUGACAGAGUGAAAGGGAACAUCCAACUUAUCAAGAAGCUCGAUCUGAUUGGAAGGACCAGCGAGCUGGCCAGGCUCUUUGGUAUCGAGUUCUACUCUGUGCUAUCAAGAGGGUCCCAGUAUCGAGUCGAGUCCAUGAUGUUACGGCAGGCCAAGGGCGGGAAUUACAUCGCAGUAUCGCCCAGUGUCCAGCAGAGGUCGAGGUCAAAGGCGCCGGAGUGCAUCCCCCUCGUCAUGGAACCCGAGUCAAGAUUCUACGAGGAUCCCGUCAUCGUGCUCGACUUCGCCUCCCUCUACCCGUCCAUGAUGAUCGCAUACAACUAUUGCUUCUCCACCUGUCUCGGUCGUGUAGAACAUCUUGCCCAAGGCGGUGAGUUUGUGUUGGGCUGUCGCACUCUCUCUAUCCCUCCUAAGCAACUGGACCAGCUCCUGGCCUCGGGUGGUGUCCACAUAGCCCCUAACGGUAUAGCCUUUGUGAAACACAGCGUCAGGAAGGGUGUCCUCCCCAGGAUGUUGGAUCAGAUUCUCAAUACAAGGACCAUGGUGAAGAAAGCACUUAAAGACCAUAGAGGAGACAAGGUGUUGGAGAGGAUGCUGGAUAACAGGCAGCUGGGGCUGAAGCUGAUAGCAAACGUGACCUAUGGCUACACGUCGGCUAACUUCUCUGGACGAAUGCCCUGUAUAGAGGUUGGUGACAGUGUAGUGAGGAAGGGGCGUGAGACCCUAGAGAGGGCCAUCAAGAUGGUGGAGACCACCGCUAAGUGGGACGCUAGAGUGGUUUAUGGAGACACAGACAGUUUGUUUGUGCUGGUGAAGGGCGCAACCAAAGCAAGAGCCUUUGAGAUAGGGAGAGAGAUCGUUGCAGCCGUUUCCGCGGAGAACCCUAAACCUGUCAAACUCAAGCUGGAGAAGGUGUACAAACCAUGUGUGCUUCAAGCCAAGAAGAGGUAUGUGGGAUACAAAUACGAGUCACCAGAUCAGAAAGAACCGGAGUUUGACGCCAAAGGAAUAGAGACGGUGCGGAGAGACUCAUGUCCUGCAGUUGCAAAGAUCUUGGAGCGGUCGCUCAAAACCCUCUUUGAGACCAAGGACGUGUCAAAGGUCAAACGUUACGUACAGCAGCAGUUCCAGAAGCUCAACGCAGGUCAGAUCGGUCUACAAGAUCUCAUCUUUGCCAAGGAGUACAGGGGAAGACAGUACUAUAAACCAACCUCCUGUGUGCCAGCAUUGGAGAUUGCCAAACGAAAACUUGCCGUGGACCGUCGGUCGGAGCCCAGGGUGAGCGAGCGGGUCCCCUACGUGGUGGUCCACGGUAGCCCCGGCUUACCCCUCAUCCAGCUGGUCCGUACCCCUCAGGACUACCUCCAGGAUCCCUCCUACAACCUCAACGCCCCUUACUACAUCACCAGGCAGAUCAUCCCGGCGUUGAACAGGGUGUUUGGUAUGAUGGCUGUAGAUACGUUGGAGUGGUACCAAGAGCUGCCAAAGGUAGUCCAUGUCAACACCGUCCCCAGCAAGGCUAAAGGCUCAGCUAAUGCCAGGAAGGGCACCAUCUCCCAGUACUUCUGCAGCCUGAACUGUGCAGUAUGCGAUCGUUUGACCCAGUCUGGUCUCUGUGAGGUAUGCCGGUCAAGCCCCCAGACAACGGUCACCUCAUUGAUGAAGAGGGUCCAGGAUUGGGAUCGAGCCAGGGCACAAAUAAACAAGAUCUGUACAAGCUGCUGUGGCUUUGCCGACAACAAGCAGCAUUGCGCCACCCUGGACUGCCCAAUCCGGUUCCAACUGGUCAAAACCGAACACAAGAUGGAGAAAGUGGCACACUUCCUCUCAUUGGUGCAAUCCAUAGACCCUCCUAGUACGUGAGCUCCGAUUGGCUGACUGUGCUACAUGUAUGUAUGUCUGUCCCUACCAAUCAAAUUGGACCGUUGUGUUGUUCUCUGCAAUGAAGCUGGGAUCGAUUUGUCAGUGUACGAGUGUCCUGCAGUACAGGUGCAAAGAUUGAUUGAGAUACGUGUACUUUUCUGAAAAGAUAUCCAGUAUCUUAAGUGUAUAUUACAGUAUGUGCCAUAUGUAGUUAUGAUAUAUUAAAUACCAAGAACAUGUUUACAAUUCUCUGUGUAUUUACAGUAUACCUGUAUAGAACUUUAAGCAGUACUUUGCACUUGAAGCAUGGCAGAGGCUUGAAAAGAGUUGCUUACUGCAGUACCAUAAAGAACAAAUUCAACAGUCGUCAUAUUAAAACGUAAAAUUUCUUUAUGCAUUUUUGUGUCAAUCGCUCUUAGUGAUUUUUUAAUGUUUUUUUUAAUAAAUUGUACAUAUUACCUGCAAGUACAGUGACUUAGCCAAAUUUGUGAAUACACCUCACGACAUGAGAUGUUACUUGAUUUGUAUGUUUGAUUUCAUUGCGUAAAAUAUUUUGAUUACAACAUUUGCUGCAUUUUAGGCCUACCUCCUUUGUCCACCAUAACAGUGUACCUGUAAUUAUGAAUUGUUCACUUCUUUUAAGGUUAACUUAGGCAGAUAUGUUUUCUACAAAAAAAUCCCCUGAAAAGACUCAGAUCGAGUCAUCCAUUUCAUUUAGAGGUUGCACUACACACCUUUAAACCUGGACGAAACAUUGGACGGGGUGAUGCCCGUAUCAUUGACUUUGAGACCCACUUCUGGUCAAAAAAGGUAAAAUAAUCCAUGUAGAUUUAAAGGAUCAAUCCUUCACUGAAUAGGGAUUCUGGCUGUCCGCUAUCGCCUUCCCUCCAGUGCUAUUUAACAAAUACCACUGGUAACCCAAGUUGAUUGCCAACCAUCUUGCUUGAUUCUUUGUAACUGAACUAACAUCUAACAAUUUGCCAUCAUGGUAUAUGAACAUGCAGUUAUGAUCUUGCACUGAAAUAAGAAUAAAGAUGCUGUGAAAUCUUGUACAGUAUUCCCUUACAGUCUGUCAGAGAUGUACAAUUGAGAUUUGUCCCAUUUGCUUGCCCUGCUGCGAAAUGAUAUUGCCUCUAGAUAUAGAUGUCGCUAGGAGCGAUAAAAUAUUAACCUUCAGUUUUAGUACUGAAAAACCACUAACAUUGGCAACAUGAACUUCGAAGAAUCAGUAAUGCUAGUCCGUUAAUAAGCUGCACAUUUUUUGAAGAAUCCGACCACUCGUUAAAAUCACAAACUAUGUGGGCUCAUAAAAAUUCAUGUUUUUACAGGAGCUUAUAAAUUGUUUGAAUAGGAACAAUUAGCAUUAAGAUGACGCAAAAUGGAAAUGUUUUUUGACACAUUUUUUCAGGAUAAAUGAGGCUUCAUAGUGUAAACAGUUUUGAGAGUGUAGACCUUAUGUUUGGAUAAACUUGACAUAGCUUGACUGAGUAACUUAACUUUUUUUUUUUAUAUUCAAUAAGUGCUGCAAAAAAACAACAACAUUAAAAUCAAAUCAAAUGUAUUAGGUGCCAAAUAUAUGCAAUUUCGUUUGAUAACAGGAUUCACGGUCUCCAAGAAUUCUAUGCAUCUAUGUUUUGGUUGUUUUUGUUUAAAUCAGACGCAAAGCCGCUGCCAUUUUGUACUUACAUGUACCUUAUGUAUUUCUGGUUUAUUUCUAGUUCAAGAUGAAUUUGCACUCAUUAAUAAUUGUUCUUUCCCAUCCUACUGUCAUUUGUUUGAACCAUUUUUAUCCAUUGGUAAAGUAAAGUCAACAAAUGUUAUUGUUAUGUUCACCCUGGUUUUCAUGUGUUUUUGUUUUCUUCUAAUGAGUACUCGGUGCUCAUGUUUGAUAUCUGUGUACUGAUGUUUCCUGAAUCCAAAUCAAGGUUUCGGUGUCAUCAUCAUCAUCAUUAUCAUCAUCAUCUUCCAAAUUUAUCCAAGCAACUCCAUACUCCAACCUUAUUUGGCUUCCCUCGUGUUUAUAAUUGGUUCGUGACCUUUGAACCCAGUGAAGUGCCGAAUCAUUUUGGCGUUACAUUUAUGCGUUUCUUUGACUUUUUAUUUGUAACAUAUCGAUCUGAACUUGCAUUGUAAGAUUUGAUUAUUAUGGAAAUCUUACAACGUGAAAAUGUUUGUGAAAAAUGGGGUGUAUUAGUUAUCUAUUGCAAAUUACAAAUAUGUUGAGUAUUCUAGGAAAAUCAUUCUAGGAAAAAAAAGACUUUAGUGUACUAUUGCUCUCAAUCGAGUGCUGUAAAUACAUUUGUACAUUUAUAAUGUUGGUUUGAACAACGCACUGCAUCUUUUUGUAAAGGUUCUGUGUUUGUAUGUUUUUUUAGUUUACUGACUUAUUUACUGUUUAUAAUCAGGUCACAAAGAUGUAUAUUAGGUUUGUUUUACUCUAUAGCUCUGAUACUGCUGUAAUGAAAUUAUCAUGAUCAUGUAUGCGUCUUGUAUUAUUUAGGUUGUUCAUGUGGAUUUGUUGUUGUUUUGAGAAGAAUUUUCACGUAAUAGGUAUUCACACUAUUUUGAUAGCAUUCACUGAAUAAAUGUUUACUCAAAUCAUUGCGUGUAUUGUUUUUGCAUCAAAAGUUACUAGCAAUUGUUCUAUAGUACCAAGGGAGCUAAUCUCCUUAAUCAUGAUGUUUUAUUUUGUUUGUUGCUAGGGAAUAUACCUAGCAUACACUUUGUCAAUAUAUGAAUUUUGAAACAGGAACGAUAAUUGGAAAAAAGUGAGCUAAAAUAUACAAUGGCGUGUACAGAUAUAUGUUGUACAAAAUCAAGAAUGAUGAAGAAGAUGAAAAAAAGGGAAAGAACAUUUUAUUUUCAUGCUCUCUUUCUUCUUUCAUGUUAUCAUUAAAGGUUUUUAGAUAGGGAUGUAUUUGUUACUGAAAAAAGUAAAUAUGAGGAUGUUCACCUGUGUAGAAAAGAAGAAAAAUCAAGCUCAUCAUGAUAUUUUUGUGCUGUUUCAUGGAACAUUGUAACCGAUAUAAUGUCCAUGUACCUUGUUUUAUUGUCUGAUUCGAGAUAUUGAUUUCUUCUUGUUUCUGUGUGUAUUCAUGAGUAUAUUAAAUUUCAAGUGUUUUAAUUAUGCCAACUGGUAAACAUCACUUUUUGUUGUAGAUAUGUAAAUGUAUUGGUUCUUUUCCACCCCUGUGACAGUACAACUCCUAAAUUAAAUCAUUGACUGAAAAUUUAAGUUUGUCAACCCAAAUGGGUAAUAUGACACAGAGAUAUUGAUCUGAUUUUGGCAGAGUUUAUGAGAAAGAGGUAGAUUGAUCAAGUUCAUGCACGUUUUAAAAUUGUAAUGGAUUAAGAAUAUGGUUGGAAUAUAAAAAAAAGUCAGUUGUAUAUUUGACUUAAAGGAAGGCUAUGUAGAAGUGUAUAUAUUUAGGAUGAAAUGUACAGCAAAAAACAUACAGUUUAGCAAGUUUCCUAGUAGAUUGUACACGUAGCCAGAGUAUCGGACCAAAAUGAUGUGUGUUAAUGUCGCAUUGCAUUAGUCAAUCAUAGACAUUGUUGUUACGAGUCAGAAACUAAAGAUGUGCACUUCAUGUUUUGUUGUCACAUAUUAUCUUUGUUUUAUGUUUUUACCACAACAGUAUUUGACAGGUGGAGCAUCUUGCUAUAUGUUUAAUCAUGUGGAUUAUAUUAGUAGAUGACAAUGUUGCUUGUGGUCUCCUCAAUAGGUUUAUUUGUUUUUUCUUUCGUCUCUUGUUUUGUUUUAUUUGUUGAGAUUAUUGACCAGUUUUAUCCUUCUUCCCGCUUACUUUGAUAUUCUUCAGUUGUGAAAAAAUUAUGAAAAGUAUUCAGGAAUAGAUUGUUGAUAACAAUAUCAUGUGCAACGAUCCAUAGCAGCCAAGCUGUGCUUGUGAGAGGAACACAUACUAUCUAAAGCUUGCCUAAACACAGUGUUAUCGAUGUGAUAGUGACCCCGAUGAUUUGAGUGGCACGUAUUUUGCAUUAUUCUUAAAUUUCUGCAAGUGAGCUCAACUUAUAGCGCUUGUAUGGCCAUACGAGUGGAGUGUCACCUUGGUGACGUUUACGUAUUAUAUUUUGAUAUAGAAUUUCGUGGAGUAUAUAAGCAUUAAGAGCAAAUAUCACAGAAAAUUUGAUUGAUUUCUGCUUCCGUACACGUACUAUGCCGCUCAUGAUUACAAUGUAAUUGAAAAUGGUUGUCAACAGGAAGCAGACUUUUUUAUGUUCGCUAUUUUCUCGUCCCAUUGGCAUUUUUGUUUUCAGUUUACAAUUUUCAAUCAUAUUGCUUCUUUUAAUAUACAUUUUAAUUUGUAUUAAACUAAGGAAAAGUGAAAGAAAGAAAUAAUUAGUGGCAAUUCAAGGGGCGAAGCCCAUUCAUAAAAUGCCUCCAUUUUCUUUCUAAAAAUGAGUGCCAACGCAACUUUGCCUCUAACAAAAUAUGCACGUAAUCGUUUAGGACUUUAUUGAAAAGACUAUGUUGGUUUUUGUGUCCACCGGUGCAAUAGAUACAUAUAUUACAUCAAAUUUUGUUUGGUUUACAGAGAAAUCACCAGUUAUUGAAGAGAAAUAUAAGCGUUUCCCGUAUCUAUGUAUUUGAUGACCUUGAAAUAUUUAAAUGUGAGGUGGACCAGUAUGACAGUUAAUUGAUUGUUUUCUGCUGAUUUAAUUGGGGGCUCUUUGUUAUGUUGUAUUUUGUCAUCUAUUGAUUGUAGAUUCGUUGUUAAAAUAGAUGAGUAAUAGAGGCAUGUUUAUGGUAGGAGUUAAAUAAUCAUGAUUGUGGUAAAUAAUCAUCUGUUAGUGUUCAUCAACUUGUACUUAAUGUGUUUACGUUUUUUUCCUAGAGUAAUUUGUUUUCUAGAACGAUGCUCGUUGAAUUUUCCCUUCUGCAAAGGUGGAAACGUAGGGUGGACUUGUCGUUUAUGUACAUACAAACAUUAGGGGUCCCAGCGUUGAUCCCUGUGGAACUCCUCAAUGAACAAUACUUAAUGUACUUAAAACACAUGAAGGUUAUGUUCCAGCUUUAGCGUGACUGAUAUUGUAAACGAAACGUUUCGGCCUCUAGCGGGCUCGACGUUAAGGUGUUGUGGGAAAAAAGAAUCUAUGUUUUAAAUAGAUGUUUUGUGAACUGAAAAUAGAUCUCGUUUUGAAGGUUAUGUUAUUGUAUCGUCUGCGCAAACGAAUCAUGAUGUAAUGCCAUCUUAUAUUUUGUACAUUUUUGCGCUCGUGGUGAGUUCUACUUGUAGUGUUGUAAGGAUUGGAUAAGAAAGUUGUUUGGCUGAAAUAAAGGCUUACUUUUGAAACGCCAA